AACCAACCAACCAACCGACAAAUGGCGUACGAGGCGCCGGUGGCUCGGCUUCCUGAAAUUCUUCUGACGACGCCCAUUUGCGUGAAGGCAGAGAGGGUCACAGAUGCGGUUCACCCUCCUGAACGAGUCGAGGAGAUAGCGAAAGGCAUCAUCAAGCGGUUGGUGGAGGUCGCAGGAAGCAAGAAACUUGGGCUGUCGGCAAUGCACAGGAGUGGAGCGGCGUUUCGUGUGGCCGCAUCGGUGAGGAAACAAGGGACGGGGGAAAGGUCCAGACCCGCCACGGUGAGGCACUGACAGGAGAGAAAGAUGACUGACUGCCUGACUGUCUCUGUGGUUGGGUUGCCUGUGUUGAGUGUAGCUGUUUCCCAUCGGGACAAAAGGAGGUGCAAGUGUCGCGUGCACCUUACACACCUUUUGGGAGGCACUCGCCUACCGGAAUGCACUCGUUGAGGUCAUCGACCUCGCGAAGGGGACGGGUGUCCCUCCCGAGGUUCCAAGCAAGACGGAGGUGGUGCGUCAGCUGUGGCAGACAUACAGACUGCCGGUCAGGGGGGUCAACAUGGUGUGGGACGACCACGCAGAGGGAGGCGGAGAAAUGAAGGAAACGAGCAUAGAGAGUCUGAGGCUGUGAGAGCAGGCGAUGAGCUUUUUUGGAACUGGUUAAUAUAUGUGUGUGUUCGUGCCAUGUAGACAUGAGUAACAAGUUUGACCUACAGGGUGGGAAUGACUAAGGAUUGAAUAAUGGUCGUUG